AUGACACAGGAUGACGUGCUGGUCUAUCGCUUCCUCCCCCAAGGCGGUCCCUCGACUCUCUCGCCCGCUGAACUCGCUCAACGAACGGCGGCACUCUCGAAGCUGGUGAAUCCGCAGGUCCGCACGAGUCGGAGUUCGAGCGCUUGGCAACGAGACGAGCCUGUACGGCAGCUGCCCGCAACCAGGACCUACGAAGCCACCUUGCCCUCCAAGCUUUCUCCUCGUUCCGUCUCGACGAACGACGUGCCGGCGCGGAGAAAGCGUCAACUCGUCGACCGCACCCUCGAACCCUUCUCGCACUGGCAACCUCCUCCUCCCCGCCAGUCUCCCUCACCAGCACCAGCCGCUCAGCCUUCUGAUCAACCAACACAAGGCAUCUUGCGACGGCGCGAGACGACCGGUGUCGUUGGUGGAUGGGCGCCUUCGUUGUCGAGCGCUGGGCGGGAGAAGAAGAAAGUACGGGUCGAGUCGCCUCGAACAAGCGGCGAGAGAGUUGCGGAGGAGGAGAAGAGGCAUAUUAACAAGGGGAAGGGAAAGGCAAAUGAGGCAGGUGCGAAGGAGCUCGGUCCGCUGACGCCGGUCGGACGCGAGGAGGAGAAGACGGCGACGGGAGACAACCUCGACCUUGCGGACGGUGCGAUCAAGCGGUGCAUUCCAUACCCUUACUGCCACAACCCGUCCACCUCGAUUGCCGUCAACAUGAACCCCGCUCGGCAGCACCCUUCCCGAAUCCUCUACUCCUUCGUCGAUCCAGCCGUCGACACGCUCGCCUCUACUCUCGCCGCAGCGAACGGUGCAGCGACGAACGGUGCGACCCAAUCGCAGUAUACGCUCGCCUCGCAACUCCCGCUCGACUCGCCUGUCACCAUGUCGUACCUCCAGCCCGGUCGUCGAGGAGCGUGGCUCAUACCCGUCUCCGCGCCCUUGCCCAUCCCACACACCUCGCCCGUCCGAUGGUUCGCCCAGCGGCCUCCCCCGCCUCCCUCUCCUUCGCCAACUUCGGCCGAACGCUCCAUCGAUUGGACCGACGCCCGACUUCGCACACUAUGGGCAUUCAUGACUUCGCUGCACGAGGCAGGCUCGUUCGGCCGCGUCCGAGCCGUCGCUUGGUUCCCUCCUUCGUCGUCCGCCUCGUCCGCCUCCGCCUGGCCAGAGAUGAUCCGCCUCAAUUGCGACGCACACCUCGCACUCGCCAUACGAGGCUUAUUGGCUCAGGCGAAUGUCAAGACGUUACGAGGUGUCGUCGGCUCCGGAGGAGAAGGGAAGAAGCGGAGGAAGGAGGAGGAGGACAGCGAAAAGUGGUUGAGGGGUAGGGCGCUCGUCUGGGUCGACGAGGAGGGGAAGGCGGUGUUGACGGCGUAG